AUGCCCUUUGGCGACAAGGAGGAAGAUCCUCCUAUUGACGUGACUGCUCGAACGAGCACUUCUCGUACUUUAGUUAUUUCCGAAGCUCAUCCUGACGCGGAUGAGACCUCGCCUCCUCAGCAAAAUGUAGAGCAUCUGACUCCAGUCGCGAGCCCCUGUGCCUCUUCGCCAAAGAGAGCUAGGAUUGAGCCGGGCAAAGAGUAUAAUCUUUUGAUUGGUGGUUCUGCGACUCCUUCGAUGGAUGAUUUGGUUUUUGACAACUAUACCGUGGUCCCUCGUUCUUCGGAUGCAUUACCAACUACGUCCUGCUCGAGGAAGCCCUCUGUUGUCGAACUUACUGGAGGUUCUUCAAGUGAUACCCAGAAUGAGGAUUUGAACGAACUGCGACAACAACUUCAGUCGAUGAACAAGCAAACUCUCAUGAUAAUGGAGCAGUGUCGAAAAUCGUCUGAAAGGGAGAAACUUGAUCUUCAACAAGCUCAGGAAGCCCUUGUGUUGAAGGAAGCCGCAGUUACUGAAGCUACCAAAGCUACUUCCCGAGAAAAUUUUAUGCUUGAAUUGAUGACUGAGGCGAGCUUGGAAAUGGCAGGUCCCUUUUUGGACGCCGCUGCCGAAGAUCAACGGGUUGACACAAGAUCAAAUUUCCUUGUUAACUUGGCAAUGGACCAUGGCUCCCUUUUUUGGGCUACACCUGAGCAUACCCGACAGAUCGUCAGAGCUCUGUCCCUGUUUAUCUUCCUCGCUGACAGACGCCGUGAGCAUCUUUUUUUGAUUCCUCUCACAGCCACCUGCUCCUCCCUUCCAUCCCCUUCGAGCAAACCCUACCCUGCUCCUCCCCCUUGCCGCCGCCGCCCCAUCUUCUAUCCCCUCCACAAAAGGCUUCAGGGAAAGACAUCGAGAAAAGUUCAGAAAAUUCAGAACUUUCAGUCACCAAGUUCGCCGAAGAAAGAUCGCCGCCGCACCACCGUUCCUCGCCGCCGUUCGCCGCGCCGAGUACGGGGAUGGAGCUGCCGUGGUGUCCUUGUUCUCUACGCUGAAGGCCAGGAGCGGAAGCUGCUCCAGGACGAUGCCACGGACCUUGCCGUCGUCGCCCUUUUCUUCGACACCGACGGUCAUCGCUCGCCUCUGCUUCCUCUUCCUCGACUCCGCCGUCCCCGCGUCGUUUCCAUCUUCGACCACCACCAGGACGCCGGUACCGAGGAGUGCCAUGAGGAGUUUGCGUGCUACCCCGAGGAGGAUAUCGCUUGUGCCUCUACCGCUGAUCCUGCAGGCGAGCCCACCCUUUCACCUAUUUUACUUUUACAUGCUCUUUUGAUCUAUUGCUAUCCCUGUGUUGCGAUUCUGUUGUGUCACGUGUCCUAUCCACCUGUUACCUAUAUGUCCGAGAUACACCUCCUCGCCCUUCCUAUUGUUUGUUGUUUGCCAGCUUUGCGAGUCGUAGGCGAGUUUAGGGUCUUGUUGAUAUCUCGAGAUGUUCGGGAUAUCUUGUUGGGAGGUUAUCACAUGCUAUAUCUUUUGUUGGAGAUAAUCACAUUUACUUUAUUGUUAACAACUAAAAUUGUAAGCAGAGGCAUCUGUGAGCCCCUUUGCGAAAGCAUCGGAACUUUGACUUGCUAAUGUCCCCUAGGACCCGAGUUCUUGUUAUCUGUUCCGAGAUUGAGCGCUCUACCCGUACGUGGGGGAGUGGGACCCCCAUCACCCACUACCUUUCCUCGAGUCUGUUUAUUGGGAGCCACAACCUUGGUUUUUUUUUUGCUCAUAUGCAUGAUGCACGAUUUACUUCUGUUGCCUUCGGGUGUUUAUUUCUGUACUGUACUCAUCUCGUGGAACGAUUAGCGACAGCAGGUUGUUCACACUUAGCUUAGCCGUUGGCACAAACCUCUGGGUCCGUAUCGAAGUACGGCCGAACUUCGUCACGGGUAGCUUAGUUGGGUGGCUCCCAUUAAACUUUCUCUUGCAUUGGGAACGGUCUUGAUGUGAGACUCCACCUGUAGCAAGUGGGUUCGAGCAUGCGUAUGGUUACAUUUGGGCAACCCCUGCAGGGUGUACAUCUUAUCGAUAAGCCGUGUCCGCGGUUAUGGACGACUUGGAAUUGUAUAGCUUGAUCAUAGAACAACUUACACCUUAUAUCUUGUUGCUAAUAAUUUGCUAAUAAAACUUUUUCAAAAAGUGUGUGUGUGCCUUUGACAGUACCUCUUUGCGAAGGGGGAUCGCAUCGGCUGUGUUAUGUUUGCAGAGUAUAGAACUGUUACCUUGUGCGCUCUCUUAUCUUCUCUGAGUAGACGGAUGUUGUAGCGUGUCUCUAUUGGAUAGUAGCUUUGCUGCCGCUAAACUCCACAUAUAGCCGGGUGAAGUUUAUACCGCCCACCAGCGAGCAUAGCUGGUCUUGUCUCGCAAGUACGUGCCAAUGGUACUUACCCUCGCCUUCCUUUCUUUUUGUCUCCUCCCCCUUUUGUCGGCAACCGAUGGCCCGACUUUGACAGGUACGAGAUGACGACGUUAGCAAGGUUACCCUUCCGGCUUGGCCUGGGCAGGGUUAUGGA